UCGUGUAAUACGGCACUCUCCCGAUGCCGUGCCACAUGUGGCAGCAACAUACGUAGUCCGGCGCUUCACCGAUGCUGUACCACAUGACUAUUUCGACACAGUAAAGACAGAAUUACCGCCCUUACUUUAAAUAUGGUUGCGUACUCUUCGUCUAAUAUUGAACCAACUUUAAAACAAUAACAACUAUUCCAAACCGUUUCUUUUCCAAUGUAUCCUACUCAUUCCUUCACGAUUACCGCUUUUUAUCAAAGCUUCAUCUUUAUUUAUUAAUUCUAACUUAAUUUUUGCUUCCCUUUCUUAUUUCCAAGUUCCUAUAACGGUCGUUAAAGACACCAGGCAACAAGAAAAGCAAACGGAAAAAAAUAUCUUUAUAUAAAAAAAACUACAUCACAAAAAUUUACCCACCUCCAACCAAACAAUUACUUUCCAACGCUUGCUGCUCGUUCUUCGUAUUUUACAUCUUACAUAGAAGAAAGGAGAAAGAAUAAUCUUUAAGGGGUUCCUGUGACAACGUGGCCUUGAUCCUUCUGGAAUAUAUUUGUCACUGACAAACGACUCAAUGUUGGUCGUUGCCACUCGUCGCUGACAUUUUACUUGCAACACCACCGACCUAUCUUCUCUCUCUUCUCAAACAACGGAUGCUUCUGUAUUAUUUAAAAGAUAUCCUUUAUAACAAACAGACAAAUAAGCAACGGCAGCCGUAACCAAGAGGCUUGAAAUAAGCAAGAGUUUUGAUAUAUUCUUCACGCAUCUCCAAUACUUUCUUCAUGUUUAUCUGAAAGCAUUUUAACAUCAAUGGACAUCGAACCGACGAGGAAGGAAUAUUUCUAAACUGAUGGAUGUUUGUUAAAUUUCCUUUUCUCAGCGCUGGCUAAGAAAAAGGAAAUAGUCUACACAAUCCCUCCACUCGACAGGAGAGGAUGGGUGUGAGGAAGGUCAUUUUCCCAUGUGACCUUCCUCACUGGAACAUUGUAAGUCAGCAGCUACUGCAGCUUCAGUUCUACUGUCAAAGUUCUGGUGCUACGCCUCAAGGGUUAGCCCAGCUCCACCAGCAGAUUUUCCUGCAGAUCAGAAGCAAAGGUCCACCGACCCCAUUCACCUACCAUGAAGGCCCCAGCAGUAGUCAACCCAAGGAGCUGUCUACAGCUGAAAGUCAACCAUGUGUUUAUCAAGGCCUUGUGAUUUUCCUGGAACAAGUUGCUAGCAUCGAUGAAAAGGACUGCUUUCUGCACUUCAUCUUCCCUGCCGUUAUCGAUAUGGCCUGUAAUAUCAAGGAGUUAAUUCCACAGGAAGGUAUACCUCUCUGUCGGAAGCAAUGCACCAAAAGCAUUGCAGUCAGCCGUAACUUAAUGUCAGCCAUCAUUUCAUGUGCAUUUCUGUGCCUGUUUCCAGAGAGGAAGAAAGAGAAAACAUCGCGGCUAAAUAAUAUUAAUUUCUCUAACUUCUUUCGCUACCUUCCUCUGCAAUCCCAGUGUGCCAAACUGCGUUGUAUUCUUCAUUAUUUCCGUAGAGUUGCUUCUGCCGGCCAAUAUUUCACUGGAGAAAUUGAAAUACAACGACAGGUAAUGGAACCACGAAAACGUCCAACUCUGGAAACAUGGAAGAAUUGCUCUACCAGUCUCUGUCCUAUUUAUGUUCGAGAAAAUGGUAAAACAUAUGAUGCCAGUAGUGCCACUUUAAAGAUUGGAUUUGCUAACAGAUUUCUUGGAGGUCACAUUUUGAGUAAAGGUAGAUGCCAGGAGGAAAUUAUUUAUAUGACAUGUCCUGAAUUAUUGGCCUCUACUCUCUUCAUGGAAGCUAUGGAUGACAAUGAAGCCAUAACCAUUAAAGGCUUUGAGAAGUUUUCUGAGUUUUCUGGUUAUGGAGAGAAUUUGAAGUUCUCUGGAAACUACUGUGAUAAGGCUUCUCGGAAAUCUGGUGGCAACCUAGAAACGAUGCUUAGCGCCAUCAAUACACUUCCGUACAAGUUUAACAAUCAACAAAGGCAAUACAUGGACCGAUACCUGUUGCGAGAUCUCAAUAAAUGUCUGGUUGGCUUUCAGCCAGCAAUAAGCUCACUAAAUCACACAUCUGCAGAUGAGGAUUCUCUUCUCAAUCAGGUUUGUGUCAACUCCGAGACACAAACUGUUACUACUGAAAUUGUAGAAGACACCAUUCUUGUAACUAAUGUUGAAUCCAGCAAUCUGACGCCACCCCAUAAAAGCAAUGUGGCAUCUAACACGGACGAAAUUCUCAUUGCCAAUGAAGCAACAGAUGUUGAAGGGGAAAGAAAAGAAGUGAAAUUUGUCGAAGAUAUUGAUAGUUUUGCCAAGCGUUUAACGAAAGAAAUUCUCACUGAAUCUCUAUGUGAAUUGAACCCUCAAUGUACUUGUAAUAACUCUGAUGAUGUGGCUCCUCGUUUUGAUAAAGAAUUCAAGUCUAUAGCAAAGUUUAUACCAGAACAUUGUUCUCUGUAUGGCAGUGGGCUGUUGGCGUCCACCUUUGGUCAUACAGCGUCGAUGGAUUACUUGGAUGUUGAUUAUCAUGACUGGAUCUCAAACUUUCGACGUCGAAGUUCAAACUUGAGCGAUUUGACAUCCCGUCGAAGUAGCUGCAGUACACGUUACAGCUCUGACAUCAGUUCAGACUUUGAAGAAUUGUAUGAAUCUUUCAUGAAACGAGAACUUACGACUCGUCCUGGCACGAUUCAUGAAGAAAUCGGCACAUACAAUGUUCAAGAUUUUGCUGCCAACUUUAUAGAAAACCUACUCCAAGAGAGUGCUGCUAUUGUUUAUAAUACAACCGGUAUGCAGAACUUUCAAAAUAUUCACCUUCCAUCUAAUUUGCACAAACCUGUGCCAAUUAAAUUUGGCCCUGAACCAAACAUCGAUCGUAAUGCCAAUGUCUCUUUUAUAUCAGAGGACACUGUCCAAGGUUAUGUAGAUCAUUUAUUUGAAGACAUCAAGGUGACUAUUGUUGAUUCAGAAGAAAUUUGUUUACAGUGUGAAAACAAAGAACAACAAAGACAGUGUUCAUUUUUCAGCAAUUUAAGCACUCUAAAAGAUCUUUCUGAUGCUAGCAUCAUGUCUGUUGACCCAGCUUGCAAUAUUUUCCGGCCAGCCAUACCAGAGGCCAUCUACAGUUAUUCAGAUUACCUCUCAAACGAAAUUUUAUGCGAUUCUCUAAACGAAAUAAGUAGUCUAAAUAUUUCCUCUCUUGUUGGUUCUAUUUUAUCAUCCAACAGAGAAUACAAAGACUCUCCAUCGUCUACAGAGCUAGACUUAACUGCUGUUGCAGAUAAAUUAGUUAACCAAAUAUUUCGGGAAGCCAAAGCUAUAGUUAAUUGCACUAACCCUUCUUCAGCUUCUUCCAGUCGACGACAAUCACUUUGGAGCAACUCUUCUUCAUUGUCUGGUUGGAUGAAUAAUAGCUUAUCAUUUGGGUGUUGGAUUAAUGAUUUAAGUUCAAAUAUUCUUGACAGCAGCCUGAAAACAGCUCACAAAAUUAGUAUGUUCAUUGACAGUAUUGAAUGCCAUGGUGUAAAAGCUGCUUAUACCUCAAGUAGUUGCCAAGGAGUUUAUCUCCCUGAUUAUGAUAAAUAUGCCUUGACUAUUACGAAGGAACUAUUUACAAAUGCUUUGUUAGAACUGCAUGAGAACUACCUUAUUAACCCCUAUUACCGACAGCUGCUACGGUACCAGUAUGGACCCAGCUUGCCAAAUAUGACUAGUGUUGAAGACAUGGACUGUUGUGGAGUUGGUUUCGACCACAAACUUGUUCCUCAGGAAGAUCUUGCCAAUUUCUAUAUGGAACUUGAGAGGCAAAGUUCUUUGAGUGAACAGAACAAAACAAUUGAACCAAGCAUGAGUGGAUUCCGCGAUAUUACACUUUCACAGUUUGCUGAGGAACUGAUGCGCACUGAUGCAACGAGCCAGUCUUUGUUGAGCUUGCGCAAUAAUUGGCACCAGGAAAGUUUCCAUAGCGGUAGUUUAAGUGGAUUUAAAGACAACACUUUGGCAAGUUUUGAGGACGAGUUACUUAGGAGUUGUGUUGAUUCUCCAGAUUCCUUAUUAUAUUUUGAUAUUAGGGACAAUUUUCAACAUCAAGAAUCUGUGAUCUCUCGAACUGAUAUUUCUGAUGACCCAACAUCUAAAGAUUUCAGUGAAAUUCAUUCUAUGUCUUUGGACAGUGAUGAUAAUCUAUCAACAUUUGCUGAUCAGGUGUCAGAGGAAAUAAUGUACGAGUCUUUUGUAGAUAUUUUUGGAGUCAUUCCAUGUAAUGUUCAGUUUAAAUCUAAUAUAUGUUUGCAAUGCCUUGAAAUGAUUGCUGAUGAAAUUGCCAAAAAUGUGAUCCAUGUUGCCAUACUGACAUUGCAAAACCCUUCUUGCGACUAUAGCGAAGAUUUAACUCUGAACCUUUCACAACUUGCUCAUCCAUGCUUGCACAGAAAAUUUCCUGUAAUGUCUGUCAUCGAUUCCGAACCACAAAACAUUCCACCACCUCAAACUCUAAAUGACUUUUAUGAAAAUACUUCCAAAGAAAUCAUAGGAUCUGCUAUUUUAACCGUUUCUUCAUGCAGAGACAUUUACAAAAGUAAUUGUCGAGCGUUAGUCAGUUCGUGUGGAAUCCCUGGAUCAAAUCCCCAGCUUGAAGUUUUGCUCCAGUGGAUUGUUGCUUCAUACAUCCAAACUCCAGUUUUUAUAUGUUACACAAAGCAAAGUGAAAAACUUGUCAGGUUUCCCGAUGUGGUCAGCAUUGUCCAAGCAAAGUGCUGGACUGUUGGUGAUCUGAUGUGUUCUGUACAUAAGUUCUGUAACCAGGCUCUUGAGCAGUUGGACUCAGAAGGAGUAAUUACUUUAGAUUUAUUCGAAGAAGUCAUCAUAUCUGCCCAUCGUUGUCGUCCUGUUCUUGAAAUCUCUCCAGACGAUGCCACUGUUAUUGCUGAAGUGCCUACAAGCGAUUCCACUGUUGUCGACCUGCCACUUGAAUAUGUCACCUCUAGCAACAACAACAACAACAACGAUGAUGAUGAUAAUGGUGAUGUUGUCCCAGCUGCAUCCGAAAAUCACCAAAUCCUUCCUACCACACUCCUGACUUCUGAGAGUGAUACAGUGAUUGAUGAUGAUCCUGACUGAAUUCUUGCAGGAAUGGAUUGGGAGUUUUUAAAGAAUUGUCACUGAUAGUCAGAGGUUAAUUUUUUUUUUCUCAGUUUUUUUUUUUUUUUUU